GCGCAAUUGGAAAUGGACGAGCUCCUGGUCAGCGAUACCAACACCACCGCGCACGCACCGUCGCCACCCGAGCCCAUCGCACGGCCACCGUCGCCCGCCGUCGCCGUCGCAUGGAUAUGCAUCUGGGCAUACCUUGGCGUGGCUGCCCGCGUGCUUUUCACGUCAGCCUCCAAGUCCAUCGAGGCGACGCAGGCUGCUCCGUCAAUUUUGACUGCGAUGGGGGUCUCGUUCUUCCUCCCGAACGUUGUCGGCUGCUUCGUCAUGGGCCUUGCGCAGCCGCUCAAGACCGCUCGCCACGAAGCCUUCUGGACGGGCGUGACGACCGGCUUCUGCGGCUGCUGCACGACGUUUGCAUCAUGGGAACUCGUGCUCGCGCAGGAGUACCUCGGGUCCAUGGCAGCGAACGCGACCUUCAUGUUCUUCGUGCAGCUCACGACGUCGCUCGCCGCCUUUCUCUCGGGGCGCCAUCUUGGGCUUGUCUACACGGGGCGCGUCCACGCAGCUGCCGCCCAAGCUGCGUGGAGCGACGUUCUCGCGUACGCACAGAGCCGGAGCGUCCAACAGGACGAGGAUGGCAAGUGGCAGCGGCUGGCGCUGGCGAUGGAAGAGGCGCCACCGCUUCCCGCAGCUGGCGCUUCGACGCUCAAGCCAGUGCGCCAUGGCGUCGUGUACAGCCUGUGCGCUCUGGCCACGGUCCUUGCAAUCAUUCUCGCUGCGCUGUACCUCGAUGGCUACUUGGCCGUUGUCGUUGGGCCGCUCGGCGCCCUCCUUCGAUACGGACUUGGGCUCCGUCUCAACAAGUCCAAGACGUUCCCACUCGGGACGUUCGUCGCCAACGUUUUGGCGUCCAUCGUGAGCUGCAUCGGCGUCCUCGCGAUGCCAACGUCAACCCUCGCUGCGACCUGGGUCCAGCACGCGCUCCUAACGGGGUUUUGUGGGUCGCUCUCAACAGUCUCGUCCUGGAUCAACGAGAUCUACUCGAUGCCGUCGUCCAGUGUGCUGUACGUGGCGGCGACGCACGUCGCGACGCAGACCGCCUGCCUUCUCCUGCUCGGCCUUGGGGAAUAGCUUGGGAAGAGAGUAUACCGCGUAGAGAACACAUGAAGAAUCCAUAUCCAUCCUUCUAUCGGAGGACAUAUCGUAGUUACGUUAACAUUGCUACAGCACGACUCGAGGAUAACAUCGAGACAUAUAAUUAUAAGGUGGGCCGCGAAACA